CUUCCUGCUCGGAGGCGCGAGGCGCGGAGCUGCCGGGCUCUGGCUGCGGGGUUCAUGGCGCCGCUGAGGGACUGCAAGGCCUGGCAAGAUGCUGGACUUGUCCUGUCCACUACUAGCAAUGAAGCCUGUAAGCUAUUUGAUGCUGUGUUGGCACAGUAUGCAACCUGGACCAAUAAUGAGAGCCUUGGAGGUAUUGAGGGAUGUCUCUCCAAGUUAAAAGCAGCAGAUCCAAAUUUUACAAUGGGACAUGUGAUUGCUAAUGGUUUGGAGCUGAUUGGUACUGGAAGUUCAGUGCGGCUCAACAAAGAGCUGGACAGUGCAAUGAGAACGAUGAUGAUGCUUUCAAAAUCAAAGCCACUGACUGAGCGAGAGAAGCUUCAUGUAUCAGCAUUGGACAUGUUUGCAAGUGGACAGCUUCCAAAAGCUUGUGAUUUAUGGGAGCAGAUUCUGCAGAGCCACCCAACUGACCUGCUAGCCCUCAAGUUUUCCCAGGACACUUACUUCUACCUGGGAUAUCAGAUACAGAUGCGAGAUUCUGUUGCCCGGGUUUAUCCUUUCUGGACACCUGAUAUUCCACUAAGUAGCUAUGUGAAGGGCUUCUACUCUUUUGGACUCAUGGAAACAAACUUCUUUGAUCGUGCUGAAGAGCUUGCCCAUGAGGCUUUGGCUAUAAAUAAGACUGAUGCAUGGUCUGUUCAUACUAUAGCUCAUGUAAAUGAGAUGAAAGCAGAGGUGAGGAAAGGGUUAGAAUUCAUGAAGGAAACGGAAACCAACUGGAAGAACAGCGAUAUGCUUGCUUGCCAUAAUUACUGGCACUGGGCUUUAUACUUCAUUGAAAAGGGUGAAUAUGAGGCUGCUUUGACAAUUUAUGACAAUCAUAUUGCUCCUCGGUGUCUGUCAAGUGGAAGUAUGCUGGAUAUAGUAGAUAACUGUUCAAUGCUGUACAGGCUUCAUCUGGAAGGUGUAAAGCUUGGAGACAGGUGGAGCAAUGUUCUCCAGCUGACAAAGAAGCACAGCAGAGAUCACGUUCUUCUGUUCAAUGAUGUACAUUUCUUGAUGUCCUCACUUGGAGCCAAAGACCACAAAACUACUGAUGAGCUUUUAACAACUCUUCAGGAGCUUGCCAAAGCACCUUGUGAAGACCACGAGCUUUCCCUGGCACCUCAUUUGGGGUUGCCACUGUGCCAGGCAUUUGUAGAGUUUGAAAAUGGAAAUUGUGACAAAGCUGUAGACCUGCUGUACCCAAUCCGUUAUCAGCUGAUCGAAGUAGGAGGCAGUAAUGCUCAGAGAGAUGUUUUCAGCCAGUUACUGAUUCAUGCAGCUCUAAAUUCUAAAUCACAAGCCAAACAAAACCUUGCAAGGUGCCUCCUGAGAGAACGUGAUGUGAUGAGACCAAAUUCACCGAUGACAGAGCGACUUAUUAGGAAGGCAGCAGCUGUUCACUCGAUGGCAUAGUCUUUCCUCUGUGCUUCAGCUAAAUUGCAAUACGCUUACCAAUCAAAGUGUGGGUGAAGGGAGCGGCGGGGUGCUCUGCUAUAAACCGUGGUAGACAUUGAUGGUAGGUAAGAGUACCUGAGGAGUCAGAGAUCUGAUGAUGAUUUCCUUCCAAAAAAUACAGAGAGCUGUUUCAGGAAGUUGUAUCUUACCUGAUUCUACAAGGAAAGAGAAAGCUAUCAUGCUGAUAAUGCGUAGUUUUUGGAAGCAUUCUAGGACACUGCUUUUCUGAUAUAUUUUCCUGAAAGUUCCCUCUGACCUUGAUUACAUACAGUGCAGUAACAGGGCCUGGAUUUGAGUCCUUCAUUUGCCCAAUUUGUUAUGUCUUCUAAACAUAGCUAAUAGGAAAGUGUGGGGUCAGGGCCAAUACAGGGAUAAACCAAGUUCCAUAUCAGGCCUCCUCUCCAUUCAGGCACAAGUUGCAGACUCUGUCCUAAAGAUCUGUCUGCAUUCAGGCUCUUCCCAGGUGUGUUUUGUUGAACUCCCUCUCAUAAAAUGUUUAACUUUCUCCUUUCAGUGUAACACCUCAGAGCUUUCUGAUAUUACUGUGUGAGUGAAACCAGACAAGAGGGAUAGUAGCUGCCUGCAACUAUUCCAACACAGGUACUCUCUUGGCACUUUUAAAUCUUUCAGGGAAAAAAGAAAAAAGCUUGGAUUUUAGCUCAACCACCAUCUCUGGAUGGCAGGUUGGACUUUUGGGAAGUCAGGCUUUACUACCCUCUCAAAAGCACAAGUCUCUACAUGUUAGCAAAGCAGAGUUUAAAAACAGUGUUUAUAGAGGUGUAUCAGAGCAGGUGAAGACUGGAAGGGAGCUUCUGCCAUAGAAAGAGAGCUAAUGGGAGCCGACACAAAGCUUUGUGUGGCACAAGCAAUGUGAUAAGCUUUGGUGCUGCGAAUGAGGCACGAUGGGAGCCAUGUACUUCUGUGACAUUCUUGAGCCUCUGGAUUCCUGCAGCAUAGCAGAGCUAAGAGAUUGUCCUGCAACAGUAACUCAGUACUCCCUCAUGAAGGAAAAGAUGAUGUUUCAAACCAAAACUGAGCCUAAUGCCUCCUCUUCUUCUUUCUCCUGAAUAGACUCUUCAGCUGCCUGAGCUCUGGCUUUGAUAUUGCAUCUACAAGCUCUCCUUCACACAAACAUGCUUGUCCAGCUCAGGCUCUUCCCCAUGCCCCACAUACAGUUCCCUUUUGACCUAAAAAAACACUUCUAUAGUUGGCCCUGCUCUGCCUCUGGAGGUCCUGCAUAGAGAAACAAGAUAUGGAUAGACAGAUAACUUUUCCCUCAGGGAAUAUAAAGUCAUUUUAGGGAAGACAAGUCUGAGAACUCUGCUAGCUCUUUGUGAAGUGUGUAAUUGAUGUGAUGAUCCAUUGCUACACAAAUUGAAGAAUAACAUUUGUAGUACUUUUGAUAUGUGAUUGAGAAUUUUGCCUGCUUUACAUCAAUAAAUUCAAAGAUGUGCUCAGCUGA